UUUCUUUCUCAAUUUUUUCUGUCUUCACAUGAACCCAAAUGAAUUUCCACAUUCCUCGGCGUUUUGAACCCAAAAUCUCAGCUUUAGGCCGCAGAUUUGUCUCAUCCCUUCCAGUACGUGAAAACCCAUCAAUUUUUUGCGACCAAAAUGUUAAUAAUGUCACCAAACCGAACCCUUUUCACAUCCUUAAGGACCCCAACAAGCCAAGAAAAGUCAAGCUUAAAGAUACUAAAAUCGUUCACGCAAAUUUACUGAGAACCCAUGAUCUUUACUUGGAUAUGUUUCGAACAAAUUAUUUGCUUGAUUUUUACUUUGAAUGUGGUAGUACAAAAUAUGCAUUUAACUUAUUUGAUGAAAUUCCUGACCCAAAUUCUGUUUCUUGGAAUUUGAUGUUGUCUGGUUGUAACAAAAAUAUGUUGUUUGAGGACUCAUGGAGGUCUUUUUGUGAGAUGCAUCGGUUUGGUUUGGAAAUGGGGGAGUAUACUUAUGGGAGUGUGUUUUCUGCGUGUGGAGCUUUGGGAUGCGUGCUGCGGGGAGAGCAAAUUUAUGGGCUUUCGAUAAAAAAGGGAUUUCUUUCGAAUGGGUAUGUCAGGGUUGGAAUGAUGGGUCUGUUUUCGGAGAGUGGUAGGUUUGACAAUGCUUUGAGGGUAUUUUAUGAUGUUCCUUGUGACAAUGUGGCUUGUUGGAACGCUAUUAUUUCCGGAGCCGUGAAAAAUAUGGAGUAUUGGGUUGCUUUGGAUAUUUUUAGUAACAUGUGCCAUCGGCUAAUCAUGCCUAAUGAAUUUACUAUUUCAAGUGUUGUAACUGCUUGUGCUGCUCUUAAAGAUUUUGAUUUUGGUAGAGGGGUUCAAUCAUGGAUGAUUAAGUGUGGUAUAAAAGAAGAUCUUUUCUUAGGCACUGCUAUUCUUAGUUUUUAUGCUAAAUCUGGGUGUAUGGAUGAUGCUGUUAGACAAUUCUGGUUCAUGCCUGUCCGCAAUGUUGUUUCAUGGACUACUAUGAUCUCUGGUUUUGCUCAGAAUGGUGAUUUUGUAUCUGCUGUUGAAUUCUUUAGGCAAAUGAGAAAUGUGGAUGUGGACAUUAAUCAGUACACUAUCACAAGUGUUCUUAUUGCUUGCGCAAAUCCUGAUGCAGUUAAGGAGGCAAUUCAAAUUCAUUGUUGGAUUUUUAAAACUGGGUUCUACUCAGACUCAGUGGUGAAAGCUUCUUUGAUCAAUUUUUAUGCUAAGAUUGGAGCAAUUGAUGCAUCUGAGAUAGUUUUUCAAGAUAGUGAAGGUAUGAAGCACCUCAGUACCUGUGGUACAAUGAUUUCUGCUUUUGCUCAGCACAAAAGUUCCAAACAGGCCGUUAAUUUGUUUCAUAGAAUGCUCCAGGAGGAUGUCAAACCUGAUAAGUUCUGUACCACUAGUGUCUUAGGUAUUAUUGACUCUCUAAAUAUGGGGAGACAGAUCCAUACCUAUACCAUUAAGACUGGGCUAGUUUUUGAUGUUUCUGCGGGCAGUUCUCUUUUCACAAUGUAUUCCAAGUGUGGGAGCUUAGAAGAGUCUUAUAAUGUCUUUAAUCUACUUGAACGCAAAGAUACCAUUUCAUGGGCCUUAAUGAUUACCGGUUUUGUUCAAAAUGGCAGUGCAACUAAAGCCAUUUAUUGUUUUAGAGAGAUGUUAUCUGAAGAAAUUGUGCCUAAUGAGAUGACUUUAACUGCCAUUCUCACUGCAUGUUCUGCUCUUUGUUUGUUAAGGACUGGGAGAGAAGUACAUGGAUUCAGUCUUCGGAACUAUAUGGGCGACCAAGCCUCCGUAGGCAGUGCACUGGUUAGUAUGUACUCAAAAUGUGGCAUUCUAUGCUCUGCAAGGAGAGUGUUUGACAUGAUUCCCAGAAAGGACCAGUUCAUGGGUUCUGCUAUGGUUUCGGGGUAUGCACAAGGUGGUCACCCUGAGGAGGCAAUUCACCUCUUCUGUGAUAUGCUUGUCGAUGGUUUGGUUAUUGAUGCCUUCACAUUGUCAGGCGUCAUUGGAUGUCUCGCAGAUUUAGGUAGAUUAGGCAUUGGUAGUCAAAUUCAUGCCCAGGUCAUUAAAAUGGGUUUUGAGUCAGAAGUAUCUGUUGGAAGUUCACUGCUUGUUAUGUACUCAAAAAUUGGAAGUAUUGAGGAUUGCCGUAAAGCAUUCCAACAAAUUAAGGCACCUGACAUUAUUAGCUGGACAGCCUUGAUUGCAAGCUAUGCUCGACAUGGAAAAGGGACAGAUGCUUUACAAAUUUAUGAACUCAUGAAAGAGUCAGGUACCAACCCUGAUUCAGUGACAUUUGUUGCGGUUCUAUCAGCGUGUAGUCAUUGUGGUUUGAUUGAAGAAGGAUUCUUUCAUUUUUCUUCAAUGAAGAAGGACUAUGGAAUUGAGCCCGGUUAUAGACAUUAUUCCUGCAUGGUGGAUCUUCUUGGUCGUGCAGGAAGAUUGAAGGAUGCUGAAAGCUUUAUCACUUCCAUGCCAAUAACACCUGAUGCACUCAUAUGGGGAACACUACUGGCUUCUUGCAAAGUACACGGUGACGUGGAUCUUGCGAAGCUAGCGGCUGAAAAGGCCAUGGAGUUGGAGACACAUGAAGCAGGAACUUAUGUCUCUAUGGCAAACAUCUGUGCUGACAUGGGCCAGUGGGACAAUGUUCUGAAGCUCAGAAGUGAAAUGGCAGGAACUGAAGUGAUAAAGGAACCUGGAUGGAGUUCUUUAUAAGUAAUUGAGCAGAAUCCAAUUCGUACUUUUAUUACACGUGGAUGAAGUUCCAGAAGUGGUCAAGACAUUCAAUCUCAGGGAGUUGGACAAUUGCAUGUUUGUAUACUUGGACAAUUGAGCAGAAAAAUUCCAGAUUCAUUUUUACGGAGAAUACCUGCUUCUGUUUUACAAAGGUUGGGUAGUUUACAAGAGCUUUGGUCUCCUACUUAACUUACAUUUGAAAGGUGUUUCAACCAAUUGUAAGUUUCAUUAGCUAGUCUAUUAAACUUGCAAACCACAUGCAUCAUGGAUGUUGAAGAUUCUCUCUCAACUGAAUCUGCAAGUUGAAGGCCCCUUUGGGAUGAUCAAUUCAGGAUCAGGACCGGGACCGCUGACUUCAAACCAUGACGGAGAGAGGAGAGAAAAGCUAUAAUUGCUCUUUCAUUCUCAUGAUGCAAGCUUCCAGCUCCCUGACUAGAUCAAGAUACUUUACUAAACCUUGGUUAUCUUAUCAGAUUUUUACGUUGUCAAUUAAGCUGUGUCCUCCUGUGCAGGUAACAAAGUCUGCUUUUUGGAGUUUGCUAACAAACAUAAGAGGAGUGGCUAGAUAUUCUCUCGUUAGCAUUUAUGGGGGAACGGAGUUGCAGUUUUGCCUUUUGCCAUUGAGAGCUUUCACAUGCUUCUUCAAAAGACUCUGAUUUUAACGCUGUAAAACUCUCACCUGCAUAACGGUUACAAAGUCCAGGAUAUGAAACAAUGAGGCGCUUGUAAUGAUCUUUCUGGCAAUGGAAUGGAAUCCAAUAUCACCGAUUCUAUAGCAAUAUUUGCUGAUCAAACCCCGAGAAACAAGAAAGGAUAAAACAAAAUCAUGUAACAGUGAACCGGUGCCUUGCCUCGUCUAUCUACCUUCUAGGACUGAAGUAAAUAUUUCCUCGAGGUGGGCCGACAUGGAACGCUAGCCAGGCAAGUGCGAGUACAAAGCAAGUCUUCCCCUGGGGAGGAGCUUAAAUGCCUGUCUUGCCUAGUUAAUGGGGUUCUAAGGUCUCAUUGAGGGUAAAGCACGAAGCCUCGUGAACAGUGACUGGUUUACGUUGGUCAAUAAAAGACAAGGAAAAAAAGUUUACAGGGCCUCUUGGUUUUUUGUCAGCAAAAAUGCACUUUCACUAUUGUCUGCUGCUUCCCUUACCUAGUUGAAGCCAAGAACAGAGAUAAGAAUACGUAAAUCCAUAGUUUUUCACCAAUCCUAAUUUGUACUGUCAAAUUAUGACGGUUGUAGUUGGUCGAAAGUUGAUUCUGGGGUGUUGAUUUAAUUGAUACUAUUAAGCAAAGAAACCUCUAGUUUGCUUUUUUCUCA